GUCUGCUUCUCUGGCAUGAUAAACAAGGGCGUGGCCUCACCUGCGUUACCAACUACUAUUAUGUAGACACACACCUCAGACAUGCAGUCACUUUCCAGACAGUCGCGGCACCUGAGAACGCAUUGAAAAUGUCUGGGAUUGUAAUUAGGGUACAGCACAACCGAGACAAAUUGCAAGGCAUUGGAACCAACGCUCACGCAGUGCCUUACUUAAACCAGGACUAUGAGACUCUGAAGCGAAGCUGUCUGGAGAGAGGACGCCUAUUUGAGGAUGAAAGUUUUGAGCCGCUACCAGCGUCUUUGGGCUUCAAUGAGCUUGGACCCGGUUCCUAUAAAGUUCGAGGCAUCGAGUGGUUGAGACCAAAGGAAAUUGUCUCCAAUCCAAAAUUUAUUCUGGAAGACGCUGCCAGGACAGAUAUUUGUCAGGGAGCACUUGGUGACUGCUGGCUCUUGGCGGCAAUUGCCUCUUUGACACUCAACAAGCAAAUUUUGUCUCGUGUUGUACCACAUGACCAAAGCUUUGAUGAGAACUACGCUGGAAUCUUUCAUUUUGAGUUCUGGCAGUUUGGCGACUGGGUGGAUGUGGUGGUCGAUGACCGCUUACCCACGAGAGAUGGAGAACUGCUAUUUGUCCACUCAGAAGAAGGAUCUGAGUUUUGGAGCGCCCUGCUGGAGAAGGCCUACGCCAAAUUAAAUGGAUGCUACGAGGCUCUCGCCGGAGGAAGCACCACUGAAGGCUUCGAGGACUUCACUGGAGGCAUUGCUGAGAGACAUGACCUAUCCAACGCUGAUCCUUACCUCUUCAAUAUCAUAAGGAAGGCCCUGGACAGAGGCUCCCUUCUGGGAUGCUCAAUCGAUAUCACCAGUGCAGCCGACUCAGAAGCUGUGACACGCCGCAAGCUGGUGAAGGGCCACGCCUACUCUGUCACAGGUGCUGAGCAGGUGAGUUACAGGGGAGGCACUGAAGAGCUGAUCAGAAUCAGAAAUCCAUGGGGGCAGGUGGAGUGGAAUGGAGCCUGGAGUGACAAUUCCUCUGAGUGGAAAUAUGUGAGCCAUGAUGACCGCCAGAGGCUGACCAACCGCAGCGAAGAUGGGGAGUUUUGGAUGUCAUUUUCGGACUUCCUGCGAGAGUAUUCCCGUCUGGAGAUCUGCAACAUCACACCUGAUGCCCUCACAUCGGAGUACAGGAAGUGGGCGGAGACAGAGUUUGAAGAAACGUGGAGAAUCGGUGUUUCUGCCGGUGGCUGCAGGAACUAUCCAAAUACCUUCUGGACAAAUCCUCAGUUUGUCAUAAAACUGGACAAAGUGGACGAUGACCCCUAUAAUGGAGAGGACGGCUGCACAUUCAUUGUGGGAUUGAUGCAGAAGAACAAGCGUCGCAGGAGAAAAAUGGGGGAGGACAUGGAGACCAUUGGCUUCCUUGUCUACGAGCUGCCUGAGGAGUACCAUGGCGCCAGUCAAGUGCACCUGAAGAAAAAUUUCUUCUUAAUGAACCGUUCAGCUGCACGCUCCGAAACCUUCAUCAACCUCCGAGAAGUGUGCAGCCGUCACCACCUGCCCCCGGGGGAGUACCUCAUCAUUCCCUCCACCUUUGAGCCCAACAAGAACGGGGAUUUUUAUCUGCGGGUGUUCUCUGAGAAACCGGCGGAAUUUCAAGAGAUUGAUGAUCCAAUUGACUGCCAUGUUGAACAGAUGGACAUAGAUGAAGGCAAUAUUGAUGACAGAUUCAAGAGACUGUUUGGACAGCUUGCAGGACAUGAUGUGGAGAUUUCUGCAUAUGAGCUGCAGAGAAUUCUCAACAAAGUGGUGGUAAACCGAAGUGACAUCAAAACCGACGGGUUCAGCCUGACCACGUGCCGCAACAUGGUCAACCUGCUGGAUAAAGAUGGAAGUGGCAAGCUAGGCCUGGUGGAGUUUAAGAUUCUGUGGACGAAGAUUGAAAGGUUUUUGGACAUUUACAGAGAAAAAGAUGCCGACAACAGCGGCUGCAUGAGUUCUUCUGAGAUGCGGUCGGCAGUAGAAGUCGCUGGUUUCUCACUCAACAACCCGCUGCACCAGAUCAUUGUGGCGCGCUACAGAGAACCAAGCUACACCAUUGACUUUGACAACUUUGUGUGCUGCCUUAUCCGUUUAGAAUCACUUUUCACUGCAUUCAAGAGCCUGGACAAUGGUUCUGGUGUGAUAGAGUUGAGCUACAUGGAGUGGCUGGAACUGUCUAUGCUGUAGAGGUCCUCAAACUAUUAUAACAAUGCAAGGAAAAUAAAUAAACUACACUUAAAGCGGGAUUUGUAGUUUUUGAAAAAAACAGACGAUUUGAAUGUAGUCUCACUUCACUAGUACCUGCCCUCACUCCUGAAGUUUAUUUGCAACAGAGUUAGGUGUUGUUAAAACACUUAUGUUAUCGUUGAAGUUUUAUUUUUACAGGUGUGUGCUGGUGACCUAAUUGUAUCAGAAACUGCAUCCUUGCAUCUCUCAUUGGUUGUUUUUCCUUAGGCACAGGGGUUUCUUAAAAAUCAAAUUAGAGGCACCAGAUGG